AUGUCCGACAUGUCCCACCUUGACCCGCCUGAGAUCUUGGACGUGGCAGGCUCUGAGGAAUGUGCCCCUCGCGGCCUCGAUGUCCCCCACCUCGUCGUCCGCUUGAUCCAAUGCCAGCACUGCUCGCACCCGCUACAUGCGCCACUCCGCUUGCCAUGCGGCAACUCUGUAUGUCGCGCUUGUCUCCCAUCGGUCAGGCCUCGGACAGGCAUCACAUACCCAGUUGCAGAGGGUCGAGAAGAGGGAUUCACGUGCUAUUGGGAGGGAACGAACAACUGUUUUGGGGAGCAUUGCGUCGGAGACUGCGGCGUUGAUGUCGUGCUGUGCAAUAUUGUGGGGAUCUUUCAAGAAGAACUGGCUUGGGACUUGCCAGUAGCCGAGUCACAAAACCAGCAGGAGUCUCAAGAUCAGCAAGGCGAUGCACGAGUUGCUCGCUGGAAAGUAAAGCAGCCAGACACAAAAGCUCCGGAACUGCACAGCGCCGAGGUUACCAAGCCCGGAUGGCUACAGGGCCUAUAUCUAUUGGCAUGGGAUGGUCAGCUUCCACACAAUGCAUAUGAUUUUGUGUAUGAGGAGCCAAAUGCGUCUCACGAAAAUGUCGAGCAAGAGAGUUCCAUGAAGCAAGACUGCGUCCGCUUCCAGAAACUCAGAGACAAGCUUCACACCGAACUGGACUGCCAAGUCUGUUAUUCACUUAUACUAGAUCCGCUGACCACGCCCUGUGGUCAUACCUUCUGUCGUAAAUGCGUCGCAAGGGUCUUGGAUCAUACCGACCUUUGUCCAAUCUGCCGCCGCAAAGUCGGGAUGCCCGCUGCUUUACAAUCUGAGCCAUUGAACAACACCCUUGUACGCAUAAUUGACCAUUUUUUUGCGGACCAGAUCACAGCCCGCAGAGAGGCCCUCGCGGAGGAAGAACUGGCAGGAGAUCAUGAAAAGAAUCUUCCGCUUUUCGUUUGCACGUUGUCUUUCCCAACAAUGCCAACAUUCCUACAUAUUUUCGAGCCUCGGUAUCGACUCAUGAUCCGCCGUGUCGUUGACAGCGGGGAUGGCAAAUUUGGUAUGGUGAUGUACAAUCGUCGCGGCCGGGCACAAAGUGACGAUUUGGGCACCGUACCGUUCAUGCAAUAUGGGACACUGUUGAUGGUCGAGCGCUAUGAGUUGCUUCCAGAUGGGCGCAGUCUCGUGAUUGCGACAGGCGUCUCGCGGUUCAAGGUGCUCGAGGCCGGUGAGAUGGAUGGUUACCAUGUUGCCAAAACGGAGCGCAUUGAUGAUCUCUCACUAGCGGAAGAAGAAAGACUAGAGGCGACCGAAACGGCAGCCUCUGCCAUCCCUGGCCCGACACAAGCAGCAGAUGCUGAAACUCCCUUGGAGUCGAUGUCAACCCUGGAUCUCCUCAACCUGGCUAGAGAAUUCAUUCGCAGGCAGCGCCAAUCAGGAGCGCCUUGGCUACAUCCGCGCGUGAUGCUGGCUUAUGGACCUGUUCCAACAGACGCGGCACGGUUCCCGUGGUGGUUUGCCAGUAUUUUACCAAUCGCCGAAGAGGAAAAGUACCCUAUCUUAUCUGCAAUGAGUGUGCGGGAGAGACUUAAGAUUUCAGCAAAAUGGGCAAGGGAGCUGGAAGCUCGAGAUUGGUCCGCCCGCUCAUCACUCAAUUCUGUCUUAUGA